CACCCCAGCGGCGCCCAUCAAAUUCUGCAAAAACCACAGGCCGCACAGCCACAGCAGCGUCCACUUCACGUUCCAUCAUCUCCUCUACCUCCAACCACAUCGUUGCUUAGCCUCGCCACCGCCGCCGCCGCCGCCGAUCAGUGGUAGAUCGAUCGAUCUAGCCGGCCAUGGAUUACUGGAAGACCAAGGUUCUGCCGAAGAUUAAGGUCGUCUUCGCCAAGGGCGGCAACGCCAAGAAGGCUGCCGCCGCCGAACUCAUCAAGUCGUUUGAUGAAUCUAAGGAGGGGAUCAACGGCGAGUUCGAGGAGAAGAAGGCUGACCUCCAGCCCAAGGUCGUCGAGAUCUACGAGGCUGCUCCUGCGCCGCUCAAGGUUCUGAUCAAGGACAGGGCCAAGGUGUCCGGGAUCAAGAAGAACUCCGCCGCCGUCACCAAGUUCGUCGACGAUCUCGCCAAAAUCGAGUUCCCCGGAGCGAAGCAACUGAGCGAGGGGAUCGCCAAGGUCGGCCCGGCGCUGCUCUCCGGCCCGGUGUUCGCCACCUUCGAGAAGGUCUCCACGUUGCUCCCCGCCGACGAGGAGGAGAUCAAGCCCAAGGAGGCUACGGCCGCCGCCGCCGAAGAGGAGAAGAAGGAGGAAGCCGCCGCCGCCGCCGCCGCCACCGACGCCGCCGGCGAGGAGAAGAAGGAAGAAGCCGAGGAGAAGAAAGAAGAAGAGGCCGCCGCCCCCGCCGACGAGCCAGCUGCAGCCGCCGGUGAGAGCGCACCUGCCGCCGCCGAGGCCGAGCCCCCAGUCGAGGCCGCAGCGACGCCGGCGGCCGCUGAGGCGGCGCCGGCGAAGGCCGAGGAGGAGGAGGCACCAAAGGCCUAACUAGCUAUAGCUAGCUAGGGUUCAUCGCCGCCAUUAUUGAUGGACGCCUCAAGCCCUAGCUAGAGAGGGAUGAUCGAUGUCGUCGUUGUGCCAUGUCACCAGUCACCACCACCAUUCUUUGCUCUUACACAUAUGCAUGAUGAUGCAGAUAUUCCAUUAUUGUUGUUCAUUAUUUUUCUCUACCAUUUCUUCCCCUCUUUAUGGUUAGACGUGUAAGCCUAUAAUUUUUGUCUGUACUUAAAUUAAUUAUAUGCAGUGUGAGGACAUGUAUGUAUGGCAUCUGUAUAUUAUCGCCAGUUUUGUUCAUCUUGGAAGCAUAUGCAUUAUUAAUUCAUUGAUUGGUUA